AUGACCAAGUUAUGCGAGAAGUAUAGGUUUCAACACUCGUUUUUUGCGAGUUACAAUCCGUCAUCAAACGGUCAAGUUAAAGCUCUCAAUAAGAUAUUGUGCAAUAUCCUAAAGGAGAUGGUCUCAGGAAAUAAAAGAGACGGGCAUGAAUGCCUCCCUGAAGCAUUAUGGGCUUAUAGGAUGACCAUACGCAACUCAACAGGAUGUACACUGUACAAUUUGGUGUUUGGCUCCAAGGCUAUUCUACAGAUAAAAGUCCAAUUGCCAUCGUUAAGGAUAGCUUUACAACUAACAAACUCUGAUGAAAAUGCAAAUGUGAGACUGGCCGAACUGGAAGCUGUAGAUGAGAAAAAACUGGCAGCUCAACAAAGGCUCAAAAUAUAUCAAGCUCAAGUUGCAAGGGCAUUCGACAUAAAAGUUAAGUUCAUAUCUUUCUCAAUUGUAGAUUUGGUUUUCAUUGUCCGAAGACCCUUUGUCAUUACCCGGAAAAUGCAUGGUAAAUUUGAACCCAAGUGA